AUGGAUUCACAAGCGCAGUUGCAGCGUACUCAUGCUCAUCAUCAUCAAGCAGAGGAACCAAUCAAGAUUCACCAUCCAGAGGAAGAAGGGCAUCAUGAGAAAGGACCAUCGAAAGUUCUGAAGAAAGUGAAGGAAAAGGCAAAGAAGAUAAAGAACGUUCUUACUAAACAUGGACAUGGUCAUGAGCAUGAUCGUGGAGGAGAACAACACAUCCCCGACGAUCACGAUCUUGACGAGGAAGAUACUGAAGAUUACGACGUAGGUCAACAAGUCCACGGUGGUGCACCAGCGCGAGGAAAAGCUCAUCACGUUUCUGAUCCACCGAUGAAGGAGGAGAUAGUUCCUCCAGGGACAAAGGCUUUCCCGGUCGUGUCCUCUUCCCACACUAAAGUCUCAGAGCCAAACAAAGGAGUUGAACCAGCACGAGCCCCCAAUGCCUCUCAAGCUCUGCCUCAGCCUGUAAGACCGUCCGGUGUGUCGGGAAAAGAAGAAAAAAGAGGCACAGGCGCUGCUACGAUGACGCCGCAUAACACGCCAGUGUCUUUGCUCUCUUCAACAGAAGAUGUCACGAGUACGUUUGCUCCUGGUGAACAACGUAAAGUCCAUGUCGAGAGAAACAGAGUAUUGGAGGAAGACCCGUCUGCUCCAGGUAAAGGGAUGUCGAAUUAUCAGUCCAAAGUCACUGAUCCCACGGGAAAAGCUGGUGGAGAAGUUGGAGCAGCGCAGACUAUAGCAGCUCUCGCGAGGUUGACAGGAACAGGUGGAGAUGAUCAACUAGGGCAUGGAAGAGAUCUGCCUGAGAGAAGACACGGUUUUGAGAGAGAACUUCCGGCGAGGAGACAUGACUUGGAUGUGAAGUCAGGAGCCUCUUUGGGCAAAGAUUUUCCGAUAGGAACUCAAACUAAUCAGAACGCUGAACGUUUUGAUCAACAGAGGGGUGAUGAAACGCAUCAGCCGGAUCAGAGCAGCUACACCGACAAGAUCACCUCAGUGACUUCGGUCGUGGCGGAUAAAGCUGCGGCGGCCAAAAACGUCGUCGCCUCGAAGCUUGGAUACUCCGGGGAAGGUGGAAACGUAGGAGCUGAGACUCCGAGCUCCGGGGAAGGAUACGGGACCAAGGUUGCAUCGGUGGUGACUCCAGUUUACGAGAAGGUGAAAGAGACGGGAGCUAACGUGAUGACGAAGCGACCCUUCUCCGGGGGAACAGAGGAGACCCAUCAAGGGCAGGACAAGGGGGUGUCUGCCAAGGAAUAUGUAGCGGAGAAACUGAGUCCUGGGGAGGAAGACAAGGCUUUGUCUGAAGUGGUCGCGGAGAAACUUCAUCUCGGAGGAGACACGACGGCGGAACCGAAGAAGGGGACUGUGACUCAAUCUAAGGCGGUGGAGGAAAGGCUAGGAGGGUUCCCGGAUCCGAAAUCGGAAGGAGCGAUCAAACACGGUGAAAGGUAUGCAGAGGAAGGAGAAGGAGGGAUGGUGGAUAAGCUGACAGGAGCUGUUACUUCGUGGAUCUCCGGUACGACGGAGGAGGUGACGCAGAAGUCUACUGAGUCUGUUCAAGAAUCUUCACAGUCCGUAGGCGCCACAAUUGGGAAUAUGGGAUUUUCCGGUUCGGGAGCAGAUGGAGCGGGCCAACGAAGCGGUGAGAAGCGUGGCUCUGUGCCUGUGCAGAAGAAGUUCCAAGAAAAUUGAGAUUAGCUUCUUUUCAUAAUAUAUGGUGUGCUCAUGCUUUCUAGUACAAUGUGUUUCUGGUUUGAUCCAUGGCUAAUUCUCUGCUGCUGUCAUGUAGAAAUAUGGUACAAGUUUUUUUGGGUUAAUA